UUGCCUUGUGCUCUGCAGGGCAGGAUUGUGAUCACCAAACAUUCCCUUCUGGGUCUGACAGGUGAUGCAAACAAAGCCACUGACUUGCUAAUAGUUCUUGUUUUCAAUGGAUUCUUCAUUAAGCACCUACAUCUCCCGGGAUGUUUUGACGACAGUCCAUCCACCCCUCCCCAUCCCCUCAAAGGAAGCACAUAAAUCUCAGCACAUUUCUUCAAACCCAGGAGUCCUGUCCACACAGCACUGCAUGCUUCUACCAGCAGCUUCUAUGGAGGAUCUCUCUGAGAGGUAUUUUCAAGGAGAAGCUAUGCAGAAAAAUAACUCAUCCUACCCAGCAAUGUUUACCCUUUCUGGAUUAAAUGACUCAAGCACAAAUAAAUAUAUCUAUUUUUCUAUCACUCUCCUAGGUUAUCUAUUUGUCAUUUGUGUUAAUGUAACUCUAAUUUUAAUAAUAGCUCUUGAAAAGACACUCCAUGAGCCCAUGUAUUUCUUCCUCUGUAAUCUGAGUGUUAAUGCACUGUAUGGAACUGGUGGUUUUUAUCCUAAACUACUGUCUGAUUUUCUUUCUGAUAUGCAUGUCAUCUCGUAUUCUGGGUGCCUACUUCAAAUAUUUGUCAUCUACAGUUUUGGUGCGUGUGAAGUAACACAUUUAACAGUGAUGGCAUAUGAUAGGUAUGUGGCAAUAUGCAGACCUAUGGAGUACCAUGCUAUCAUGACUCCUUUAACGACUGGUAAACUAAUACUGUUUUCUUGGAUUUUUCCAUUCUGUUGUUUAUCUAUUAGUAUUCUAUUGACUUUCAGGUUGCCCUUAUGUGGCUCUCACAUUGAAAAACUAUAUUGUGAUAACUGGUCAAUUGUGAAAUUAUCUUGUGUAGGGACUAUUGUUAACAAUGUAUGUGGAUAUGUUAUAAUAUGUAUAUUAUUUGUACAUUUCCUUUUUAUUUUAUUUUCCUACCUGAAAAUACUAAGAGCGUGUUGGACAUCCACUAUCGCAAUGAGUAAAUGUAUGCAGACCUGUUUGCCACAUUUGUUGACGGUAAUCAACUACUGUGUUGCUGUGCUUUUUGAUAUAAUGUACAGUAGAUACGGUUCAAGUGAUAUGCCACAGGCUUUACGCAAUCUCCUGUCAGUGGAAUUUCUAAUCGUCCCUCCAAUUUUCAAUCCUGUCAUUUAUGGUUUAAACCUUCAAAAGAUCCGGAACAAAGUCACAAGAAUGUGCAGCAGAAACAAAGUAAUUCACACUUAAUAGAUUCCAGAUGUAGUUGCUAGAAAUCAAAACUUUAACAGUAACAGAAAGUAACAGAAUCAGGUGAGUUAAAUGGACCCAAUGCACUUUUUCAAUCUCAUUGUAAACCUCUUCCUGAACCCUUCUUGAUUUUAUUAAUAUGAACUGAUAUGUUUAUUUAUUAAGGGUCACUAAUUGCUAUGGGUAGCUUCACAUUUUAUAUAGAAAAAUGUAUCAAAGGAAUCAAAUGUACUGCAUGCAUAAUGUAAUGUACUUUAAACUGAAAUAGUUUCUAUCCAUGUUAAACACAAGCUCAUUACACAUGCACAAAGCAGCACGAAGCAAAUACAUUGCUGAUCUUGUAAUUAACAGUAAUUCCAGUCAGGCGUUCAAAGCAGAUUCAUGCACAGGUUAAUAUGCAUGUUUUAUAAUCUCAGAAACAAUAAAGAGAUGUAUUAAAUAAGCCAUAAGUCAUGACAUGAUU